AGAGAGUCACGAUAUGUUGAAUAAUGAUGUCACCAUUCAAAUGUCAUGAGAUGAGGCAUCCCUACUUGUGACCUUAUUGUUCAAGGACCGUAACGUCGUAGGGAUUAGAUCCCGGGCUAAUUGCGGGGGGGAGUCAGAUGAGCUAAUCACCCGGCUGCUGCGCCCCUGGGCUCAAAGUCCUACAAUUCAGAAAUACGGAAAAUUGUCUUUAAUUAGAUGAAGAUAGUUGGGUGACUGUCUGAUGUCUGUAGCCAAUAUCACCUGUUUUCUUUGACUUGUAACUCUAGCUUUUCAUUAUUUCACUGGCUUUCAGGCAAAAUUACAUUGCAAAUCCAAGGAUGAGUCAGAUACUUGGAUCACAAAAGCAAAGUGGUGAGGAGGAUGCUGGGAAAUGCUUGCUGUACCAGCUUCACAUCAAGUACCUGGCAUCCUACUUAACCAACAACAAGAAUGAAAUGGAGAACACCAUGACCGAGUUCCUGCGCACCAGCGGUGCCUACUGGACGCUAACGGCACUGCACCUUCUGCACGCGGCCGACCGGCUGGAGCGCCAGCCGCUGCUCGAGUUUGUGCGCCAGUGCCAGGCGCCGUCGGGUGGCGUGGCAGGCCAUGUGGGCCACGAUCCCCACCUGCUGUACACGCUCAGCGCUGUCCAGAUCUGCUGCAUCUAUGACGCGCCGGAGACGCUGGACGUGGAGAAACUGGUGGCGUACGUGGCAGGCCUGCAGCGGCCCGACGGCAGCUUCCAGGGUGACGCUUGGGGCGAGGUCGACACCCGCUUCUCGUUCUGUGCCGUCGCCUGUCUGGCGCUGCUGGGCCGGAUGGACGCCAUUGACGCAGCGGCCGCCGGCGAUUAUGUGCUCUCCUGCAUGAACUGGGACGGCGGCUUCGGCUCGCGGCCGCGCUCGGAGAGCCACGCCGGCCAGAUGUACUGCUGCUUGGGCGCACUGAGCCUGCUGGGACGGCUGGCUUCGCUCGACGCCGACCGCACCGGCUGGUGGCUGUGCGAACGUCAGCUGCCGGCCGGCGGACUGAAUGGCCGGCCGCAGAAGCUGGCCGACGUCUGCUAUUCGUGGUGGGUGCUCGCCUCGCUCGCCAUGAUCGGCCGCCUCCACUGGAUCGACGAGGAGAGCGUCAAGCGGUUCAUACUGCGCAGCCAGGACCCGGAGGAGGGCGGCAUGGCCGAUCGGCCGGGCGACGUGUGCGACCCGUUCCACACGCUGUUCGGCCUGGCCGGCUUGUCACUGCUCGGCGACCGCUCGUUGGCGGCCAUUGACCCUGUGCUCUGCAUGCCGGCCGGGACGCUGCGCCGGCUUGGCCUGCGGCCACAGCGGCUGCGCUCGUGACCGGCCCGGC